AUGGCUGGCCGACCAGCCACCGCGGGCAGCAUGCCGGGCCGUAGGAUCCACACCCCUAGUCCCAUGCUUGGCAACGGUCUCGUCGAUGGCAAUAAUUCUAACGCCAACAGCAACGGCUCCAUUGGUGCCUCUCUUCCUCCUCCUCCCGGCACGGGCGGCUCUCUGGCCGGUGUUGACCUCGGCCCUUCGAUGCUUUCUGCUGCUGGUCCGCCUCCCAAUGCUGGUCCGACCAUGCCUGCAGGUACGGGUCCAGGCGGUACACCUACCACGGCUCUCAGCGUCUAUCAUCUCAUCACGCAGCUCUGCCAGCGACCGGAACCCAACGCCUCCAAUCGCAAGCAGCGUUGUGCAUCGCCUGCUACCGCCAACAGUACCAGCAGCACCAAUGCGGAUGGAACACCUUCGUCGGCCAACGCGACCAAGACGGUUGAUUCGCAAACGAGUCAGAGCAACAGUGAGCGGGAAGGUGCCACUUCGCCUAACGAUUUCGACAAGCUGCCAGGAUCGUCUGCGCAGCGUGAGCAUGCGCUGCUCGAGUUGAGCAAGAAGCGCGAGCAGUAUGAAGACCUGGCGCUGGUGCUCUGGCAUAGCUUUGGCGUCAUGUCGUCUUUGCUCCAGGAGAUCGUGUCUGUCUACCCGCUGCUCUCGCCGCCAGCUCUCACUGCUCAGGCGAGCAAUCGUGUGUGCAACGCACUCGCUCUGCUGCAAUGCGUCGCGAGCCAUAGUGAGACACGCGGCCUGUUCUUGCAAGCACACAUCCCGCUCUUCCUCUACCCAUUCCUCAACACGACGUCCAAGACGCGUCCGUUCGAGUACCUACGAUUGACGUCGCUCGGCGUGAUCGGCGCGCUGGUCAAGCAGAACGACAACUCGGACGUCAUCACUUUCCUCCUCUCGACCGAGAUCAUCCCACUGUGCCUGCGCAUUAUGGAGACCGGCUCGGAACUGAGCAAAACGGUGGCCAUCUUUAUCGUGCAAAAGAUCCUGCUGGAUGAUAUGGGAUUGGCCUACAUUUGUCAAACGUACGAACGGUUCUAUGCGGUAGGCACCGUGUUGAGCAACAUGGUUUCGCAGAUUGUCGAGAGUCAGGCGGUGAGGCUGCUCAAGCAUGUGGUCAGGUGUUACCUGCGACUCAGCGAUAAUCCAAGGGCAAGAGAGGCUCUUAGGGCGUGUCUGCCGGGACCGCUGAGGGAUGCUACCUUCCAACAACUGUUGAAGAACGAUCACAUCACAAAGAGGUGCUUGGCUACGCUGUUGCUCAAUCUUUCGGAUCGGGUCGAGCAGUAA